AUGCUCUCAGCAGCCCUGGCGGUGGACACCGGCCCCGCCCUCCGCCACCAGCAGGAGCGCCUCGAGGCUGCCCUGCGGGAGGGGCCGCCUCUCGGGGCGGCGAACGGGGACGCGGGGACCUACCGCUCUGCCUACCAGCAGUUGUGGAACGCAGCUCUGAGAGGCGGCAAGAGGCUGGCUGAGCUGGAGCUGAACGGGGAAAAGGCGAGGCACAAGACGGCGCUCUUUGUGAAGGAGGAGGAGCUCCGCAGGGAGCGCGAGAAGACGGAGGCUGCCCAGGCUGCCCUGCGGCAGGCGGAGGAGCGCGGGUCGCGCGAACACACAUUCCACCCCGCGGGCAUGCAAAUUAGUGAGAAUAUGUUUCGCCCCCCCUCUCCCCAGAACAAGCUCAACCACGACGUCGGCUACCAGAAGGGGCUGCUGCAGGCGGAGCGGGACCAGGCUGCCCGCGCGAAGGCAGCUGCCGCGGCGCGCAGGGAGGCCGAGCAGAAGGCCAAGACCGCGGGCCAGAACCACGGCCGGGGAGGCGCAAGCCCGGGCAAGGGCACGGACCCAGACGGGGGCCAGAGGGGCAAGGGCCCCGGCAAGGGCAACGGGCAGGCGGCUGCCUAG